AUGGCUAAAAAGCGAAAAUCCGCCUCAGUUGCCGCCGCCGAGAGUCCUCAGGAGCCGGGACCCGUUCAGACCGAGCAGGAGCCUGAGUAUCCCCAGCCGGAAGAACCCCAGCAGGUCCCGGAGGAAGACCAAGGUGUCGGGGACGAAGCAGUCGGCGACGGCGGAGAGGAAGAGGAGGAAGAAGAUGAACAAGAAGAAGAGGAAGAGGAUGAAGACCCGGACAACGUAGACGAGCAAACCGACGCCGUUCAGGGGGACGCCGGGAACAACGAUCAACAAGUUGAAUCCGCUGUUAAUCCGCCCCAGACCUCGGUCCCAGCAAACGGCAGCGAGGACGAAGGAGAUGACGAGGAGGAGCCGCUGGAGAAAAUUCUGGAACCCUUCUCCAAGGACCAAUUAACGCUCCUGGUCAAAGAGGCGGUCGCAAAACAUCCCGAUCUAGUUGAGAUCGUUCAUAAUUUGGCGGAAUCCGACCCCUCACACCGUAAGAUUUUUGUCCACGGGCUUGGUUGGGAGGCCAGUGACGAGACCAUCACCACCUCGUUUAGCAAGUAUGGUGAAAUCCAGGACUGCAAGGUUGUCAAGGACAAGAUCUCUGGGAAAUCCAAGGGCUACGCUUUCAUUCUGUUCAAGCACCGCAAGGGGGCCCGGAAGGCCCUGAAGGAGCCGCAAAAGCUGAUCGAGGGCCGGAUGGCGUCGUGCCAGCUGGCCUCUGCUGGGCCCGUCAAAGCUCCGACAGCACCUGUGGCUGCUACUGUCCCGGACGCAUAUGAAUCAGAGUAUACAAGGAGGAAGAUAUAUGUGAGCAAUGUGUCCCCCGAGAUGGACCCGAAUAAGCUCCUGGAAUUCUUCUCAACAUUUGGGGAGAUUGAAGAAGGCCCGCUGGGCCUGGACAAGCAGACUGGGAAACCAAGAGGGUUCUGUCUGUUUGUGUACAAGUCUCUUGAGAGCGCAAAGAAGGCCCUUGAGGAGCCUCAUAAGACUUUCGAAGACCACACCCUACACUGCCAGAAGGCUGUGGAUGGGCCCAAGCACUCCAAGGGCUUUUUCAGCCCCCAGCAGAGCCAGACGCCACGUCAGCACCAGGGGAACUGCCGUCACACAGCCAAGAAGGGGAGGUAUUCUUCUGGAAGUGGUGACGGCAUGAUGCCUGCAGGGGGGCACUUGAUGGCACCCAACCCAGGCCAGGUGGGUUAUAAUCAGGCGGUGGCACCUGCGGCUAUAGGGCAGGCUGUGGCAGCUUUGUUGGCCACUCAGGGGGCCGGGUUGGGUAUUGGGAAUUUGCUGGGAGGAAUUGGUGCUGUUGGAAAUCCGCAGGGAGGGCCACCGAUUAUGAAUAACACGGGUUAUGGUGGUCAAGGUGGUGGGGGGUAUGUGGGCCAGCCGGGGAUGCAAGGAGGUUAUGGAGGCCAGCUGCAGAUGGGACGAGGUGGGGUUCGUCCACAUCAGGGUGGUGCGCCUUACAUGGGUCCAGGUGGUCACUAG